GGGGCGCAGAUGUGGGCACCAGUCUGGGAGCCCGCCCUCUUCCCCUGCGGUCGGAUCCGGAGCGGUCUGCAAGCUCCUAAUUGUUGCUCCAGGUUCUUUGAGGUCUGCGUGUCUGUUCUCAGCACUCUGCAAGGCUAGAAAAGGAGGAGGAAUCUGUUCAGAAUCCCUGCAGGACAGGAGAAGGAGGGGGAAAUCUCAACAUGGAAAAACUCUGCAGUGAAAAUGAUGGAAUGACUGAGAACGAAGAAAAGAUGGAAUACAAAGAACAGUCACAGGAUGCGGGAAAGCCAGAAGUAGCCUGUACUAUGGAAAACAAGGAAAAGUUAGAAAAAGAGACAAUGACAGAAGAUGAGGAAAUACUAAAGGAUAAAGAAAAGCCAGAGAGUAUGACAAAGCCAAAAGAUGGAAACCCGGAGAGCGAGGGAGAGCGGGAGAGCGAGGAAGAGCCUGAGAGCGAGGGAGAGCCUGAGAGCGAGGCAGAGCCGGAGAGCGAGGCAGAGGCGGUGAUGGAGGCAGUGCCGGUGAGCGAGGGAAAGCCGGAGAGCGAGGCAGUGCCGGUGAGCGAGGGCAAGCUGGAGAGGGAGGCAUUGCCAGUGAUGGAGGUAAUGCCGGUGAGCGAGGGAAAGCCGGAGAGGGAGGCAAUGCGGGUGAGCGAGGGGAAGCCGGAGAGCGAGUUAGAGCCGGUGACGGAGGCAAUGGCGGUGAGCGAGGGAAAGCCGGAGAGGGAGGCAAUGCCGGUGAGCGAGGGGAAGCCGGAGAGGGAGGGAAAGCCAGGGAGCGAGGCAGUGCCGGAGGAGAGCGAGGCAGUGCCGGAGGAGAGCGAGGCAGUGCAGGUGAUGGAGACAAUGCCAGUGAGCGAGGCAAUGCUGGAGAGGGAGAGAAAGCCGGAGAGCGAGGCAGUGCCCGUGAUGGAGGCAGUGCCUGUGAGCGAGGCAAUGCCAGAGAGGGAGAGAAAGCCGGAGAGCGAGGCAAUGCCGGUGAGCAAGAGAAAGCCGGAAAGCGAGGGAAAGCCAGUAAUCGAGGCAAAGCCAGUGAACGAGGGAAAGCCAGAAGAAGGAGGAAAACCAGUGGGUGAGGGAAAGCCAAAAGAAGAAGGAAAACCAGUGAAUGAGGGAAAACCAAAAGAAGGAAAAUUAGUGAGUGAGGGAAAGCCCAAAGAAGAAGGAAAACCAGUGAAUGAGGGAAAGCCAGUGAAUGAGGAGAAGCCAAAAGAAGAAAAGCCAGCCAUCGAACCAAGGGUUGCAGGAAAGCGCCCAGCUGGGGAUGAUGUACCCAGGAAGGCUAAAAGAAAAACCAACAAGGGGCUGGCUCAGUGUCUCAAGGAAUAUAAGGAGGCCAUACACGAUAUGCAUUUGAGCAAUGAGGAGAUGAUAAGAGAAUUUGAUGAGAUGGCCCGGGUAGAGGAUGAGGUGAAGAAAACCAGACAGAAAUUGGGGGGGUUUAUGUGGAUGCAAAAAAGUUUACAGGACCCCUUCCACCCGAGGGGCCCAAGGGAACUCAGGGGUGGAUGCAGGGCCCCACAGAGGGGCUUUGAAGACAUUCCUUUUGUGUAGUGCCCCUGGCAGGCAUUUGCCUAGGCCUUGUGCUUUGACCUUAUACUAAUACUUGCUUUAGCUAUCACUCUUGUACCUAACUGCAGCCUUCAAUGUUUCAGUAGCAGAUUUUUGUCCAUUGCAUGGAAAAAUGUUUAUGGCAUAUUGUAAAAUUAAAAAGAAAAAAGUUUGUUGAACCAUA